AUGAAGAAGCCAUUACUCUCCAUCGUUGUUCACCUCCUACACCUUGCUCUUUUCCUCCUUGCCAUGCUUCUUCUGCAGCCGUGCGUGGUUCUGGCCAUCAUGUCGACCCCAAGCAGCUUAGCCGCCAGCGACAGCCUGAAGCCACCCAACUACGUUACCAGCCCCUCCGGCGACUUCGCCUUCGGCUUCCGCACCCUCCCCGACUCCAACGCAUCCUCCUCCAGCUCCUUCCUCCUAGAGAUAUGGUUUCGCUUUGAUCCUGGCAGGGUCGUGUGGUUCGCCGCAGACGCGGGCUCAGGCUCCGCUGUGGUCGCCGGAGGCCAGUCCGUCCUGAGCCUCAGUACCACCGGCCAGCUCUCCCUUGCUAAUCCUGGAACUAGCAAUGCAUGGACCCCAUACACUGACGCUAGCCAAAACUACGGCUCCCUUCUCAAGGAUGGGAACAUCGUCAUGUACAGGACGGAUCUGCCAGGUAGCGGCCCCCUGGCCCCCAUCAACGCCUACUGGAGCAGCCGCACUUGUUGUGUCGACAAUGGCACGACUCUCUACUUCGACGCCGAGCUCGUCGGCCACCUCUACUACCGGCUCACGGACGGCACCAGCCGGAACCUGACAGCCCCUCAGCCCGUUCCUUCCGCCGGCAGUAGGUUCUUCUACCAGCACGCCACGCUCGACCCAGACGGCAUCCUUCGUGUCUACAUCCUCCCCAACAACACCGGCGACCGCAACGACAACGCCACAUGGUCCGUCGUGAACACGCCGGUACCAAGCGACGGCUGCCAAGCGGUGACCAACAGCCGGCGUGGCAUGUGUGGACCCAACUCCUACUGUGUGUACGACGCCGACAACCGGCUCGACUGCGAGUGUCUAGGUGGCUACACCUUCUUGCACACACAGUUUAGGUACGAGGGCUGUGCUCCAGCAUUUCUUCAGGAUACCUGCGAUGACGGGAAGAGCAGCCAUUCUUCCGAGUUCAAGCUCGUGGAGUUGCCCAACACGUAUUGGGCAAACCCGAUAUUCUACGAGCAGCACAAGUCCAUCACGGCGGAGCAAUGCCAAGAUUUGUGCUUGCACAACUGCCUCUGUGCAGCUGCCUUGUUCGACGGAAGUAGCAACAGCUGCUUGGAGGCUGCUAUGCUUACAAGCGGGUGGCAACAAAAUGGCACGAGCAUGAGGACGCUGGUGAAGGUGCGGAUCAAAGGACCCCCUGCUGUGAUCCUGCCCUACGCAGUCAUUGCUGGAUUGGGCAUGUUAUUGUUGGCCACUGCUUGCAUCCUCCUAGUGCAUUGCUACAUCACUAACAAGAAGGAAAGAAAUAGGAAGUAUCUGAGCGCGACGGGAGACAAGGAGGCGCUGCAGGACCUGGAGAGGGUGGAGAGGUUCGCGCGCAUUGCGAUUUGGUGCGUGCAGGGGGAACCAUCGAUGAGGCCAACGAUGAGGAGCGUGCUGUGGAUGAUGGAGGGCACCAUGGAAGUGGACCCUCUACCUGCUGAUGACCCUCCGGCUCCAAGGGUUCAUGACUUCCCUGCAGCGGCAGCUAGUGGUGGAACUCAUGAGAACUCCAACUCCAGUAGUACAUAUGGUUAUGAUUGA